AGGAAGCCGUCACAGUUCCAGAAUGAACCACUUCCUACUUCCGCAAACACUGCAGCUCCUCCAGCUGAAGUAGCAGCGGCGCUAGCUUCUUUCCUUUCGCCGUCGAUCAAUGCGACGGUGGAUUUUAUCCACCUCUGCCUCAUUGUGAAAGUCGCUCUGCCUUUUUAUGAGCACUGACCCACAGUCAUGACGUUCAACAGCCACUGCUCCACAGCGGAGCCCCCGGGCCUGGAGACCCAGCGGCGGGUGAUCGAGUCUCUGUUGCGGGAAACCGAACUGUGUGCGGGAGACAGCUGGUAUGUGUUGGAGCGACACUGGUUCGAACAGUGGAAGGAGUUUGUGGAGACAGGAGACCAGAACUCUUCGUCCUUUCCCGGUCAGAUUGACAACACCGAGCUGUUUGAGGAUCUGGAAUCGUUUCACCUAAAGGAACGUCUGGUAGAGAACGAAGACUUUGUCUUGUUGCCAUCAGAGGCGUGGCACAAACUGCUGUCCUGGUACAGCAUGGUUGACAGUCAGCCGGCGCUGGAACGCAAGGUGGUAGACCUACCGAGCACUCUAAAGGUGGAGGUUUACCCCGUGGAGAUCUUUCUCUGUCUCCACAGCAACAUGGAAAAUGUCGUCACAGCACAGUUCAGUCGUGCGGAAAAGAUCUACGCCAUCCAGAGGUCGAUGUGUCAGGCCUUCUCCGUGUCUGCGGGCUCCGAGUGUCGUCUUUGGAUGAAGAGUUCAGACAACAGCUGCGAGCGUCUCAGGAACACCAACAUUAGCGUGCUGGACGCCUGUCUGAGCUCAGGGAUGACGGUGAUCAUGGAGACAAGAAAUGCUGACGGCACAUGGCCGAGCUCCAGACCUCAAAUCAUGAGAAACUCUGUCGAGGAGCAGGACUCGUACAGAGGACAGCCUGGCGUCUGUGGUCUCACCAAUUUGGGAAACACCUGUUUCAUGAACUCUGCUCUGCAGUGUCUGAGCAACACUCCUCCCCUCACUGAGUACUUCCAGCAGAACUCUUACCUGGAGGAGCUGAACUUCACCAACCCGCUGGGGAUGAAGGGUGAGAUUGCAGAGGCCUUUGCUGAUGUCAUCAAACAGAUGUGGUCGGGCCGGCAUUACUCAGUGGUCCCACGUGUUUUUAAGACAAAAGUAGGUCACUUUGCAUCUCAGUUCCUCGGUUACCAGCAGCACGACAGCCAGGAGCUUCUGUCUUUUUUGCUGGACGGUCUUCAUGAAGAUCUGAACCGAGUCAAAAACAAAGAAUACAUCGAGCUGAGGGACGCAGAGGGACGACCGGACCAGGAAGUGGCAGAGGAGGCGUGGCGCAACCACCGCAGGAGGAACAAUUCGGUGAUCGUGGACACAUUUCACGGUCUCUUCAAAUCCACCCUCGUUUGUCCCCAGUGCCACAAGGUCUCGGUGACAUUUGACCCCUUCUGUUACCUCAGCGUCCCACUUCCUGUCAGCAAAGAACGAGUGAUGGAGGUUUUCUUCGUUUCACUGGAUCCUCUCUCCAAGCCCGUGCAGCAUCGCGUCACUGUGCCUAAAAGUGGGAAAGUGUUGGACCUGUGCUCAGCGUUGUCAGAGAUGACUGAUGUUCCUUCAACACAGAUGGUGGUCGCCGAUGUCUUUAACCAUCGCUUCUAUAAAAUCUACACAGCUGAGGAAUCUCUGAGCUGCAUCCUGGACAGAGAUGACAUCUUUGUGUAUGAGCUGCAGCAGCCGCAGCCGGAGGACGAAGAAGAGCACGUAAUGCUGGCCCUUUACCUGCGGGAGCGCUCUCAGUACAGAGACUACGGCUCUGGCAGCAGCACGUACGGCACCUCGCUGUUUGGACACCCGCUGCUGCUCAACCUGCCGCGCAGCAGCUGCAGUCAGGAGGCGCUAUACCACCUCUUCCUGCAGAGACUGGCUCGCUACGUGCGGCCUCCUGAUCCCUCCGAGGAGUUGGAGGAGGAGGAAGAGGAGGAUCACGAUGAGGAAGAGAUUUACAAGACCCAGAUAAACGGCAUCAGCGAUGACGAGCAGCAGGAGGAAACGGACAACGUUGAACCCUCCUCCUCGGAACUCUGUUACGGCGACGCUCCAGCAUGCAGCCAAAUAUCCAGCUGCUCCGCUGCAGACCUGGUGCCCAACCUCAACAACUCUACACCCUCCGUAGACAACGCCGACAGUGAAACCAGUACCGGUUCUCAGGACCAGGCGGACCAGCCUGCUGCUGCCGCCGCCGCCGCUGCUGCCAGCUGUCCAGAGGAUGUGGAUCAGUGCGCAGGAUCAAGCCGCUCUGACUCAGAACCGCCCACUGAGACCACAGCCCAACCCGAUGAAACGACAGACAAUGAUAACAAGCAGGAGGAGGCGGCGCGGUCUCCCAGCCCUCUGACUGUUGAACAGCCGGCGAAGAGGAGGGCGUGUCAUAAAAAGAGGAGGAACUUGUUUACCAUCCAGGCUGUCAACUCAAACGGGACCACAGAGAGAGGAAUGGGAGAGGGAGGAAGUGCUGUGUCCUUCUGCUCUCAGCCGUACGUGGCCAUCGACUGGGACCCAGACAUGAAGAAGAGGUUCUACAAUGAGAACGAAGCAGAGAAGUAUGUAAAACACCCCAGCAUGGAUGUUCCUCAGCAGCAGACCACGGUUCAACUGCAGGAGUGCAUCGAGCUGUUCACCACAGUGGAGACGUUGGAGGAGGAGAACCCAUGGUACUGUCCUGUGUGCAAGAAACACCAGUUAGCCACUAAGAAGCUGGACCUGUGGUCUCUUCCUGAAGUUCUCAUCAUCCACCUGAAGAGGUUUUCUUACACCAAGUUCACCAGAGAGAAGCUGGACAGCAUCGUGGAUUUUCCUCUCAGAAACCUAGAUUUUUCACACUUCCUCUUGAGGAAACACCUGGAGGAUGGGGAGCCUCCUAGCUACUAUGACCUCAUCGCUGUGUCCAAUCACUACGGAGGACUCAGAGAUGGACAUUACACCAGCUACGCUCAGAACAAGGACAACGCCCAGUGGUACUACUUUGACGACAGCAAAGUCACCUUUGCCUCCGAGGAUCAGAUUGUGACAAACGCUGCUUACGUCCUGUUUUACCACCGUCAGGACAAACUUCGUAAACCCACACUUCCACCUCCUAACAGCAGCUCUGCCUCCUCCUCCUCCUCCUCCUCCUCCCAGUUGGCUAACGACGACACUUUCUGCAGAGAUGACGGCGCUGAGCUUGGUGCUGGCUCCUCCUACAUCACCAUGGAAACAGACUAA